AGGAUGGUUCAGAAGAACAUAACAAUGUCCCACAGGAUGAUCAGCUUGUGAAUCCAGGUGAAGAUCUGAAUAUUAUAUAUGUUACAGAGACACAUGUGAGGGGUGAUAAGGAGAUUAGAGAGGAUAUUCCUACAGAUAUCCGCCCAGAUUACUGUAACAGGAGCUCAGAAGAACAUCUGGUAUCUUUACAUUUUAAAGCAGAUGAUCAUUUUGUCACACAAGAUACCUAUGAAAAACAUGCCAUUAUAACAGAUGUACCCUCUGACAUUCACAGCAAAAAUCUAUCAUCUGAUGCUAUGAAACAUGUGGAGGAGAAGCCAUUUUCAUGUUCAGAAUGUGGGAAAUGUUUUACUUUAAAAAAAACUCUUGUUGCACACCAGAGAAUUCACACAGGAGAGAAGCCAUAUUCAUGUUUGGAAUGUGAGAGAUGUUUUGCUUGGAAAUCAGACUUCAUUAGGCAUAAGAGAAAUCAUACAGGGGAGAAGCCUUUUUCAUGUUCAUAUUGCGGGAAAUGUUUUAAACAGAAAUCAGAUCUUGUUAUGCAUCAGAGAUUCCACACUGGGUCGAUGCUAUUUGCAUGUACAGAAUGUCAUAAAUGUUUCAACCAGAAAUCAGAUCUUGUUAGACAUCAGAGAAUUCACACAGGGGUGAAGCCAUUUUCAUGCCCAGAAUGUGGGAAAUGUUUUACUCAAAAAUCAAGUCUUGAUUACCAUCAGAGAAAUCACAUAGGAGAGAAGCCAUUUUCAUGUUCAGAAUGUGGGAAGUGUUUUACGUUGAAAUCAAUUCUUCGUAAACAUGAGAAAUGUCACACGGGGAACAAGAUGUUUUCAUGUUCAGAAUGUGGGAAAAAUUAUAGUUCUAAAUCAGCUCUUCUCAUUCAUCAGAGAAUUCACACAGGGGAGAAGCUAUUUUCAUGUUCAGAAUGUGGGAAAUGUUUUACGUUGAAAUCAAAUCUUCUUAAACAUGAGAGACGUCACACGGGGGACAAGCCAUUUUCAUGCCCAGAAUGUGGGAAAUGUUUUACUCGAAAAUCAAGUCUUAAUUACCAUCAGAGAACUCACACAGGAGAGAAGCCAUUUUCAUGUUCAGAAUGUGGGAAGUGUUUUACAUCAAAAUCAAUUCUUCUACAACAUGAGAUGCGUCACACGGGGGACAAACCGUUUUCAUGUUCACAAUGUGGGAAAAAUUAUAGUUCUAAAUCAGCUCUUCUCAUUCAUCAGAGAAUUCACACAGGGGAGAAGCUAUUUUCAUGUUCAGAAUGUGGGAAGUGUUUUACAUUGAAAUCAAAUCUUCUUAAACAUGAGAGACGUCACACGGGGGACAAGCCGUUUUCAUGUUCAGAAUGUGGGAAAAAUUAUAGUUCUAAAUCAGCUCUUCUCAUUCAUCAGAUAAUUCACACAGGGGAGAAGCCAUUUUCAUGUUUAGAAUGUGGUAAAUGUUUUAACAAAAAAUCAAAUCUUGUUACACAUAAGAGAACUCACACGGGGGAGAAGCCGUUCUCAUGUUCAGAAUGUGGAAAAUGUUUUAACAGGAAAUUACAUCUCAUUGCACAUCACAGAAUUCACACAGGAGAAAAGCCAUAUUCAUGUUCAGAAUGUGGGAAAUGUUUUACUUGGAAAUCAUAUUUUGUUAGACAUCAGAUGAUUCACACAGGGGAGAAGCCAUAUUCAUGUUCUGAAUGUAGGAAAUGUUUUACCCAGAAGUCAGCACUUGUCAUGCAUCAAAGAACUCACACAGGGGAGAAGCCAUUUUCAUGUUUAGAAUGUGGCAAAUGUUUUAUUUGCAAAUCAGAUUUUGCUAGACAUCAGAAGAGUCACACAGGGGAGAAGCCAUAUUCAUGUUCUGAAUGUAGGAAAUGUUUUACACAGAAGUCAGCGCUUGUUACGCAUCAAAGAACUCACACAGGUGAGAAGCCAUUUUCAUGUUUAGAAUGUGGGAAAUGUUUUACUACGAAAUCAGCUUUUGUUAGACAUCAGAGAAGUCACACAGGGGAGAAGCCAUUUUCAUGUUUAGAAUGUGGGAAAUGUUUUACUUCGAAAUCAAAUCUUGUUACACAUCAGAUAAUUCACACAGGAGAGAAGCCAUAUUCAUGUUCAGAAUGUGGGAAAUGUUUUAACAGGAAAUCAAAUCUUGUUGCACAUCAGAUAAUUCACACAGGGGAGAAGCCAUAUUCAUGUUCUUAAUGCGGGAAAUGUUUUGACUGGAAAUCAAAUUUUGUUAGACCAAGUGAAUGUACACAAGGGAAAGCCAUUGUUAUGUCCCGAAUGUGGGAAAUGUUUACCCACAAAUCACAUCUUUCUAAACAUCAGAGAACUCACACAGGUGAGAAGCCAUUUACUUUUGUUAAACUAAAGAAAAAUUUCACUUAUAGUCAAAGUAAAGUCAUGUCACAAAAGAGAAAAGGAAAUCGGUUAAGAUUCAUAAAUGAUUAUUAUGAAAUCUAUGUAAUUACAAAUCAAGGUCUCUUAUCCAAAAAGCAAAUAGAAUCCAGAUAACUCGCCUAUAUAUCCACCAUAUGCAGAGAAUAUUAUACAUUAAUAUAUUUAACUGAAUAUUAAAACUUGUUUCUAAUUAUUAAAAAUAUUUGCUUUAAAACUUG